AUGCCUAUAUUGAGUUUUAUAGGGACAAAUGAUCCUCCAGAAGAACCCAUUGUGAAGGUUUAUUGUGUUCAAACUCAAGCGAUCCAGCAGUAUACAUUAGACUUAUGCUUAUGCUUGCCACCUCCUAUAGAGAAUGCCGGUUUGGAGAAGUCAGAUUCUAGUGUAUCGCGAGAGGCAAAUCUUGUUGAAGGCACGUCAGAACCAUCUGGACUUAAUCCUACAGAAUUACCUUCGGUUGAUUCAGUGCCAAAACCAUCUGUUCUAGUGAAUAGAUUGGAAAGUGCUAAUACGUUGAGUUUUCCAGCAGGUUCUGCAUCGGCCGAAACAACAUCACAAACAAUUGUUCCACCCAACGGUGAACUGAAAACUUCUGGCCUGCUGUCUGAGACAAGUGGUGCAGGCUCUGCGUUUGCUACUUCACCCCAACUUCCUGCAAGUCCCAGACUAUCAAGAAAACUUUCUGGCUAUCACACUCCUGUAGAUGCUACUGAGCCUGUACUACCUCAUCAUGAGCUCGGGGGCAAAGCACCAUCUGCUGAUGAUGCUGUUGGAGAAAGAAAUUUGGAUGUAUCUUCCGUAGAGGAAAGCUCAAGAAGCAAGGGCAAGAAUGUUACAUCUGAGGAUGAUGCUUCGGAGAUACGAAGCCCACCAGCUUUUUUCAAACACCCCACUCAUCUUGUAACUCCUUCAGAGCUAUUGAUGGGUGUUUCGUCAGCUGAAACCUCCAUUACUAGUGAAGACAGGAGGGAUAGAGAUGCGAAUAUUCAGGUCGUAAAUAAUGAUGCAAGAGGCACAGAAGUUGAGGUAAAAGAAGUAGGUGAAGCAAGGUCGGUGCAGAAUGGUGAAAUCGGUUAUCUUGAUGAAACUGAGCAUCGCACUUCAGAAGAUAGAGGAAACAUUUUCUGCUCACAGGCUUCAAAUCUCAGUACUGAGAUGGCAAGAGACCGUCAUCCUAUUGCUGAUGAAACUUUCAGUCCAGAGGACUCUAUGGUUUAUGGACAAUCUUUACAAGCUGGAGAUGAAAGUGGUUUUGACUCCAGAAGUUUAUCUGCAAAGCUUCCUGAGUCAGUUUCAUCUAGUGGGCUUCCACAGUCAGCAGCUACAAAUAGCAAAGGGAAGAAACAGAAGGCCAAAAGCUCACAGGGUCCUGGAUUGUCCUCUACAUCUUCAAAUGUUGCUAAUCUGGCUGACUCCUCCAAUGAGCAAAGUCAUAGCUCCAGUCAUCCCAUGACAGAUUCACUUUCUCAAACCUUAGCUAUGCAAGAAAUCUUGAAUCAGAUAUUGGUUUCGCAAAGGGAGAUGCAGAGGCAACUAUCAAAUGCUGUCAAUGGCCCUAUCAUUAAAGAAGGUAAAAGACUAGAAGCGACUUUAGGCCGAAUGGUUGAGAAAUCCUGCAAGUCAAAUGCUGAUGCUCUGUGGGCCCACUUCCAAGAGGCAAUGGUUAAGAAUGAAAAGGCAUUGCGUGACCAUGCCCAGCAAAUUGUGAAUGCAAUGACAAACUUCAUGAGCAAGGAGUUAAGUGCCAUCUUUGAGAAAAUGUUGAAGAAAGAAUUAGCUGCAUCUGGUCCAAUCCUAGCUCGUGCAGCUACACCAGCUAUUGAAAAAGUUGUAUCUUCUGCAAUCACGGAGGCCUUCCAGAGAGGACUGGGUGACAAAGCAGUCAACCAGCUUGACAAAUCUGUAAGUUCAAAGCUUGAAGGAACAAUAGCUAAGCAAAUUCAAGCUCAGUUUCAGACUUCUGGCAGGCAAGCCCUCCAGACGUACUCUGAAGUCUCAGCUGCAUCAUCUUGGUUUGGUGAAUAUGGUGUUGAUAUUUCUGCCAUUUAUAAACUUCAGGAAGCUCUGAGGUCUGGUCUGGAGUCCUCAGUCAUACCUUCCUUUGAGAGGUCAUGCAAGACCAUGUUUGAGCAAAUAGACUCAACCUUCCAGAAAAAAAUUGCUGAGCACACGAACACAGCCUUGCAACGAUUUGACUCUGGACACUCCCAGCUUGCUCAUACUUUAAAGGAAACCAUUACUUCUUCCUCUUCAGUCGCUCAAGCCUUAAGUCGUGAAUUAGCGGAGAGCCAAAGGAAUCUUUUAGCUCUUGCAGCUGCUGGAGCAAAUUCUGGUGGGUCAAAUCCCUUGGUUACUCAACUAAGUGGCGGACCGUUGGGUGCUCUUCUUGAAAAGGUUGAAGCACCUAUGGAUCCAACAACAGAGCUAUCAAGGUUGAUAUCUGAACGCAAGUACGAAGAAUCUUUCACUUCGGCUCUACAGAGAAGCGAUGUCUCUAUCGUGUCAUGGCUCUGCUCACAGGUGGAUCUUCGUGGACUACUGGCGAUGAAUCCACUUCCGCUGAGCCAAGGAGUUCUUCUGUCACUGCUGCAGCAGCUAGCAUGUGACAUCGGCAAGGACACAUCCCGUAAGCUUGCUUGGAUGACUGAUGUGCUUGCAGCCAUUAACCCAUCAGAUCAGAUGAUUGCGGUCCACGCUCGCCCAAUCUUCGAACAAGUCUAUCAGAUUCUGCACCACCAGCGUAACGCAAGCGCACCGGGCGAUGUCUCUGCCAUCAGACUGAUAAUGCACGUCAUCAACUCCAUGAUUAUGGGCUGCAAAUGA